AGAGAGAGCGACAGAGAGAGUGUGAGCUGGGGAAAGGCAUAGAGAGAAGGACAGAGUGAAUCCCAAGCAGACUCCAUGCUGUCAACACAGAGCCCGAUGUGGAGCUUGAUCCCAUGAACCAGGAGAUCACAACCUGAGCUGAAAUCAAGAGUAGGAUGUUCAACCACCUGAGUCACCCAGGCACUCCUGGCCAUUUCUUAAUAUGAAUAAAACAAGCAGAAUAAUCUUGGUUUAAUGGAACAUAUAUAAGCAUGAUAUCUUUUGUCUUUGAGAAGAUCACAGGUCUAACCAGAGGGACAAUGUGGAACCACAGAAAAAUUGAUACUUUUUGAAAGGGUCACAUAAUGCAGGAAGCUAGCAAAGUGUUUUUUUGAAACACAUGGUCAUUCAAUCCAGAACCAAGUUACUAGACCAUGAUAGCAGUCAUGCCAAAAAGUGAGUUUCCUUUGUCUAGCUUUCAGGAAGUUAGAAGAAAAAAUAAUGUGGGACAAGCUAGAGAAAAAACAGGAGCAAAAUACACUGAAGACAUGCAGAGGCCACUUCCACCUAGUAAAGGCUCUGUCUGUAAGGUUACCACCCAGAAAUCGAGAGAGCAGUAGUGCUCUCUACUUGGGCAUCCUCAAAUGAUGAGAAGACUGGGUUUUGUAGUAUUUCUUUUAGUCCUUCUUGUUUUGAAUCCAAAUGAACAAAAUGAAAAUGAUUUUUGAGGCAGUGUCAAAACAGAUUUCUCAUGCCAUGGAAAUUUCCAGAACUUUGAAAGUUAGAGGUGGAAUCUGUGGUAGAGGCAGUGGCAUCAGAGAACACCACAGCAGUGCAGGGGGAGAGGCUGGUAACUCAUCUGCCUCCACUUUCAUCCUUGAUCACACACCUGCACACCUUGUUUAGUUGUAGAACAGGUCAUUCUAAAUCAGAGGGAAAUCCCAUACAUUAUUAUACAAUUAUCCCAUCAAUAUCUGUUGAGAGUUGACAGUAUGGCUGCCAUUUUGCAGGGUGAUACUGUGUGGUGGGGACUGAGACACCGUGUUUUCUGUCCUCAAGUCAUUUAUAGUCCAGAAAUAUCUGGAACAAUACCUUAUUUGUAAAAAGGCAGCAUCCUGGUUUUUGUAGAUUUGACUAUUGGAGAGACAGUGCCCUUUGGAUUUUACUAUCCUUCUAUUUCCUGUAUGUGUGUAUUUGUAUAUCAUCAAUUCAUCUUCCUAAGACUUCAACCCAAAUCAGUUAUUUAGUGGAUGGAGCCAAGGGAUUGGCAGUAAUCUACAAAUUCACUCCAAUAUACCGUGUGUGUGUGUGUGUGUGUGUGUGUGUGUGUGUGUGUCUGUGUGUGUGUGAAAUUGGACAAGCCAUUUAAAUCCCUAGAGGUUUGGUUUGUUUCUAUCAUCUGUGAGUGCUGUAUUAACUGAGAACUGAGUACUCACAUUAGAAAAAAAUGAACUUGAAAUCCCAAUAAGGUUCUUCAAGUGUCUGGGUGGUCUGGGUCACAUGUGUUCUAAAUUCUGUUCUGAGCUAGUCCACUGACUUAGUGGCAUUGUGACACCAUCUAGUGCAUCAACCUGGCCAUGUAAGCCAAGGGGUCCUAGUCAAACAUGUGAUAAACAUUCUCCUGCAGAAUAAUAAUAUCUCCCUAAGAGGAGUGUUGACCUUGGCUUCCAUCACUGAUUGAGAAGAUAGAACAUGAGGUUUAAAUGCUGGCUCCAGCAUUUACUGGCUGUAUGACUAGAACUUGGGAACCCAUCCACCAUGCUAUGAGAAAACAUGAGCAAUCAUGAGAGAAGCCCACGUGGAGGAGAACUGAGGCCCUCUAGCCAACUCCAAGUGAGCUCCUAGUCAGUAGCCGGUACUGAUUUCUGGCCACGGAGGAUGGAUGAAAAUUAUAACCUCUUGCCUCACGGAGUCAAUUUCCAAGAUGCCAUCUUUCCAGACACUCAAGAGAACAGAAGGAUGUUUUCCAGCCUUUUCCAGUUUUCGAAUUGUUCUCAAGGGCAGCACCUGGCAACUUUUUCCAGUGACUGGGAGAUCCAGGAAGACAAUAGGCUCAUGUGUUCGUCAGUGCAGAAGGCCCUGUUUGAGGAGGAGGACCAUGUCAAGAAACUGCAGCAGAAGGUGGCCACCCUUGAGAAGCGGAACAAGCAGCUUCGGGAUCGGGUGAAGAAGGUCAAGAGGUCGCUGAGGCAGGCCCGGAAGAAUGGGCGCCACCUGGAGCUAGUGAACCAGAAGCUCAGUGAGAAGUUAGCGGCUGCAGCAGGUGCCGUCCCACACAUUAAUGCCCUGGGGCAGGAGCCACCCGCUGCCACCUACCUGCGGGGGUAGCAGGGACUGAGCAGUGGCCUUGCCUGGCCCUGCUGGAGCAUGCUGCCUCUUACCAGGGAAUGUGAAGGGAUAGCAGGUUUGUCUGUGCACUCUCGUAGAUGAAUUCUAAAUAUGAAUUUGGUCGAGCGUCGUUGCUUAAAGGGGCAAGUCUUGCUUAUUUCCUUGGCUGCUGGGCUCCCUUCCCUCCCUGUCUUGCUCCCAGGCCUGGUGCUUGCCAGUCCAGAGCCAGGAAGAUCCUGGAGUGUCACGUGCUUGCCUAGGGCUUGUCCACCCUGGAAAGUGUACUUACUGUGGAAAGAACAUUUUAGAAUCUCUAGCUGCACAAGAACCCAGGGGUUCAGCCUUAUUUCAGAGGAGAAGCAGUAUGAUCUCAGCUCAGAGCUCCAGGACCACCAUUAGUUCUGAGGAGGGAUCUAUAGCAAGUCAUGGAACCUUCUGAUGUCUUAUUUGCUACAUUUUCGGAAGGAGGAUGGCAGUCUUGCAAAGCACCCAAGGAUACCUGUAAAUAAACCUGUGCAUGGUGUCCCUACCCCUGCCAGCAUUUCCUCACAGCUGAGGCAUUGUAAGACUUCAUAUGAGGUCUUAACAGGUAGCAUACUGAGUUGCGGCAGGGGGUGGGGGUGGGAGCAGGUAAUCGAGUAAUAUGAAUUAUACCUGAUUUCUAACACCAGUUACCCAGAGCUAAAGAGAACACCUAUGGGUCAAUCUAAAGGGGAAUUGCCUUUAUGGACUGGCCAUGUUUUAGCAAACCAUGUUUCUGAGCUGGAAGAGUCUGACCACUAACAUGGCUUGCUCAUUAACUCCAUCUAGCUGCUCUGAUUUUGAGGUGACUUGACCCAGUACACUAUUAACUUCCAUUCUGCAAAGACACCUCCUUACCUAAUGGAGUCAAGUUUCCCAUCCAGGCAGUUCUACAGAGUCUUGCUGCAAGCAUUUUCACGGCAAACAUUUUUGCCACGUAACACAUUAGCUGUAAGGUAACGUUGCUGUCAGAGAUGAAAUAACUAGUUGAUAGUUAGGUUUAAUUUCUCCACUGACAGAGUUCCCAUUUUUAUAUUGCAUGAAUCUUAGGCCUCCUAAUGGGCUAUACAGUGACCAGUACACAUGGUGGCCUUAAAAUGGUGCAUGAUAACUACAUAUAUGGACUUGAUAGAAAAUACAGCAACAAAACUAAGUAGAAGUGUGAAAUAAGACUGUAAGGUCAGAUUGCAUACCAUACUAUCAUGCAAAAUGGUAAUUCAUGAGUUGAAAUAACUCGGCUAGAAAAGCAUUACAACAUCUAUCUAGAAGGCUUUCAUCAUACAAUACAAAGCUUAGUUACAAAUGUGCAUCCUAGUAUUUGGAAAACUAAUACCUCUCUUAAUGUAACAUGAAAAAAUUAUUUCUUAUGUCCUUUUUAAGGCUCUUUUAUUUUUUGUUAUUUUAUCUUUUAUGGCCACAUUGCCUUCUGGCCAAUGUGUUAUGCAGUGAAAAUGCUUGUGGCAGAGAUGCCUACAGUGAAAAUACCAGACAUGGUUCCAAUAAUAUCAGACAUGGUUCCAGGCAUUCCAAGCACUUUCCACCUCCCUGGACUGUCCAAUCCUGGGAGGAAUGUUUUCACGAGUCCACAUGUCAGUGCAUCCAGUUUUGUACAUAGUCAGAACUCUUCACCCUCUUUGGAAAGACAGCUUCAAAGACAGUGCAAGUAAAAAGAGUAUCCACUAGGUCUAACAUCUGAGCCCUUACUUUAGUAGCAUUUGAUCUAGUCCCAGUUGUGUUACUCAGAAGGUAGCUGAGUGGCCGUCUUGUGAUGGUCUUCUGAUGGACCUCCAAAUCUACAAGUCUCCUUUCUGUGCUGUUCCAGAUGGAACCUGCAGGUUCCUCAUCAGGAAAUCUCCCCCUAGACCACCCCAGACACUUCAGUGCUUGAUGAUGAUGUCCUUUCCAUUAGAAAUGGCAAUUAUACUGUCAGAUCUCCCUUCCACUGCUUGUAGGAAAACCACGUUCUUGCUCUGGCAGCUGGUUGGGAGGAUGGACUUGCAUCACUUGAGGGGCAAGCUGAUGCUCAAGGGGAGAAGUCUACACCCUGGACUGGAUGGAAUGGCAGCUUUUGCUUCAUUUCCAAGCUUCUGCUGCUCCUUUAUAGCUGUAUUCUUCAUAACAUGAUACAAUGGUUAAUUCUUCCUGGGGCCAUUUCAUUAAAGCACUUUUGCUUCCACCCAAGGGAAUGACAAGCCUAAGGGUGAUUUACAGCUAGUGUUUUGAGAACUGUGGAACUGGAUCCCUACAGAUGCAUUAUGUUCUACCUUUUUAAUAAAUUUGAGCAGUAUUUCAGCCACAA